AAUCUAGUGUGACGUCACAGUAGCCUAGUUGGGUUAGGUUUUACGCUGGAAUUUGUAACGAAAAAUUUUUUGUUUAAACGAUUAUUGUUUUUUACGCUGCACCUGUCGACUUGAUCGCCGUGCGGACUGGUUCAGCGUCUGUCAAAUAUUCGUCGUCUGGUAUAAAGUGCUCGCGCGCGGCUCGUGCUACGCGGCGUAUAUGAAAUUAUUAAAUAGAAAAUGAGUCGACAUGAAGGGGUAAGUUGCGAUUCCUGCCUCAAGGGAAAUUUUCGUGGACGCAGGUAUAAAUGCCUGGUAUGCUACGACUAUGACUUGUGCGCAAACUGCUAUGAGGCAGGUGCUAACACAACACGGCAUCUCGUCGAUCAUCCUAUGCAGUGCAUCCUGACAAGAUCCGACUUUGAACUCUAUUACGGUGGAGAAGGAGUGAGCAUUGAGCAGCCGCAAUCUCUGACGUGUCCUUACUGCACCAGGAUGGGAUUUACAGAAGCUACGCUACAAGAACAUGUUGCAGCAGAUCAUCCAGAUACGUCGUUUGAAGUGGUAUGCCCAGUGUGCGCGUCUUUGCCUGGGGGAGACCCGAAUCAUGUAACUGAUGAUUUUGCGGGACAUUUGACCCUUGAACAUCGAAGCGGUCCAAGAGAUUUAAUAUCCUUCCUUGAUGAACCAGCUUCUAGUCGCCACAAUGUUCGACGAAUGCCACACCCGUCACGAGGUGUCGGAGCUCCCAGAGCCCGGAGGUCCAACAUGCAUUUCAGUUCAUCAGGAGCGCUGAGUCCCAACAGUCGAGAGGGUAUCGAUCCAAUCACAGAACUGCUGUCUCAACUGUCAGGUGUACGAAGGACUGGAGCUGGCACUGGUCAAGGAUCGUCUGCACCUUCCCAACUACAACAGCUGCAAAUGCAAUUGCAGCUUGAACGUCAGCAAGUCAGGGUUGCACGGCAACAACUAGAGAGACUGCCAAGGAGACAGCCGCAAGUUAUUGGCACAGUUAGCGGGGGUGUGGCCAGUAGUGGACACUCAGCUACGAUGGCCAGCGUGGUCACCAACAGCUCAGCCAGCAACAACAACGCUGCUGUCAACGCAAACAACGCGGCUAAUCCAUCCAACCCAUCGUCACUAAACUCUCAGAACUCCAUGUUUCUGUUACCCAGGUGCAUGACGAACACGCUGUCUGACUACCAACUGCAGAUUAUUGAACGAGAGAGUGCAAACAGGAGUUUGUUCACGCGGGAGAUUGUCGUAAGCACAUUGUCUCAGGCCCUGCCUGAACUGAUUCAACAAUCGGCCGUCCAGACUCCUGGAUCAACAGCAACAACAACACCGGAAACUCCAAGCGGUGCAGUGGCGCUAGUUCCAGCAAAGAAGAAUAACUCUAACCAAGAAGUGAAAAGGGAUCAAACAACCACGAACAAAUAUGUUGUCCAACAAAAUCCGCAGCAGCAGCAACAGCAACAAUCGCAUCAAACUCUACAGACAGGAGCGGCUGCCACAGGAAGCCAGUCCCAAGCCGCAACUAUGGUCGGCCCUAUAAACCAAGGACUUCCUCCUAAUCCCAAUGCAGUCUCUACUCAGAAUACACCCAUAGUCCAGACUUUAAUGCACAGCGUAUUGCCGCAGCCAUUGGUACUGCAACAGCCUCUGUCGCCAGCGCCGGUAAGGAACACUGGAACUGGCACGAUUAGGGAGCCGGUUGCUGCUCCAGCGCCGGCCUAUAUGCGGGGUGGCGUAGGUCCUGUAAGUGUAACAGGCCCGUCACGCAGAAAACCUGUAAGAGCUGUCGAUGGGAGGAACCAAUCCACCGAGCCGCCGCCACCCCACUAACCCCACCCUAUUGCUGAAAAAAAUUACCCCUAUAGGCCCUCUAGCACUAGUCCUAGCACUGUUUAGAACACCUCAUCAUUAUUGUUAUUAUUAUUAUAAUAUAUAUUGAUAAUUAUUUGAAAUACCCCCAACCCCCCACUCUCUCUUCUCUUCUUCUCUGUACCUCAGCGCGAUUUCUUUUUCUGUAGAACUUUUUCUGCCUCAUUUAUUCCAGACGACAACUUAAACCACCUUGGUGAAAAGUAGUCUGCCGACAGAUGGCGAGAGUUGAAAAUUUACUACUACUACUACUACUACUUCUACUACUACUACUACUACUACUACUACUACUACUACUACUACUACUACUACUACUACUAUUGCUACUAUUAUUAUUAUUAUUAUUAUUAAUUAUUAUUAAUUAUUAUUAUUGUGUUUGAAUAUCGUGAUAUUUGAAACAGUCUAUGCAUAUUUUGAUUGAAGAAUAUUUAAUAAAUAUACAUAUACUCUUGUGCUUUUCCGCUGAUUGAAGGACUGCUAAUUCGAUAACAUACACACACAUACGAACUUGCUACAUGUAGACUGUGAUACGGUGAAAUUGCAUUUCGCAAAAAAAAAAAAAAAAAAAGACUCGAGACAUACGUAUAUUUCUGGGGGUGGUUAAAUAAUAGUAAAUGUAAAAUAAAAAGAAUAAACUGUCACGCGUUGGGUGAAAUAAUA